GCCCAGUCAGCCGAACGCGCACCACCACCGUGUACGUGCCUCACGUAAGCGUACACAGUGCACAAUCCGUGUGAAUAUCACAUUAUAUUUUAUGAUAGGUAACUGUACAAUCGCAUAUGAAAAACGUCAUAUCGUACUCGGAUAAGUUUAUUUAUUUAUAAAAAAUAAGGUUAUAUUAUAUCCUCUCGCAACGUCGAAGAAUUCCAUUUCAAGUCCUAUAUUGAAUCUCAUACAUUAUUAAGAUGGGAGUACAAAUGAGAACGAAGACCGAAGAAACGGCUGAGCCUCUGAUCGAAAAUAACAACAAGGAUGGCGUGGAAGAACCUCUGAAGCCACAACCUCCACAAAAACGUGAAAUAUUGUGGGCCACAGCUAUAUAUUUAACCACUUGGCACGUGUUAGCUGUUAUCUGUACGAUACUUUACUGGAAGAAUGUCAAAGUGGCUACCAUCUUAUGGAGUCUCCUUGUUGGAUUCAUUGGCCAAUUUGGCGUAACUGCAGGUGUGCACAGAUGUUACUCUCACAGAGCGUACAAAGCCAAGUAUCCUUUGCAAAUCAUUCUUUUGGCUUGCUAUUCAGUUGCUGGACAGUAUAGAGUAACAGAUUGGGUUCACGACCAUAGAUUGCACCAUAAAUUUAGUGACACCGAUGGUGAUCCCCAUAAUGCUAAACGGGGAUUGUUCUUCUCUCAUAUUGGUUGGUUGAUGCAACGUGGACACCCAGAAGUAUUCCGUCGUAGCAAAACCAUUGAUAUGAGUGAUAUAGAUAACAACCCCUUAGUUCAAUUUCACACAAAAUAUUAUUGGUUUUUCAAAAUUACUUUUUGUUUCGUAUUGCCUGUACUUGUACCUAUAUUCUGUUGGAAUGAAAGCUGGAUGGAAGCAAUUGGAAUUAGUGGAGUGUUGCGGUUCGUGAUUUUCACCAACAUGACAUUUUCAAUCAAUAGCUUGGCUCAUUUCUGGGGAACAAAACCAUAUGACACGCGCAUAAAACCUGUUCAGAACAUGGCUCUGGCUAUAUUGACUACUGGUGAAGGCUGGCAUAACUAUCACCACGCAUUCCCAUGGGACUACCGGGCAGAAGAAUAUGGUGGAAACUUUACCAACCCAACUACUAUAGUUUUGGAUUUGUUUGCCAAAAUUGGAUGGGCAUACGACUGCAAGACACCAUCAGCAGAUCUCGUCAGACAAGUGGCUACCAAGCACGGAGAUGGAAGUUGGAGCGAAGUACCAGUUGAGGAAUGCAAAUAGAUUAUUAUCAACACUAAUGCAUUUUUCUAAAUAAUUAUAAGACUUCAUAAACUUUUAAAUGCCUUCAUAGAAUGUUAUUUAAUAUCUAAAAUUAUGAAGACUAGAAUACAUUUAUGUUGUACACCUAUGAAAUGAUAAUAACUGCAAUGGCAUUCAGUAUUUCGAUAGUUUUUGGUUUUACUUUAAAUUUUGGUGUAAUUUUAUAGAUUUUUUUUUUGUGAAUAUUAGCAAUACGAUUGGGUAACAACAUAUUAGUAUAACUUUACACAUAUUUAAAUACACAUACACACACACAAACACACACACACACACACACACAUAUAUAUUUACACACAUACAUAUAUAUACAUCUAUAUAUAUACACAGUAUAACCCAUUACACAUACUAAUGUACAUAGUACAGUCAAUUUUGACUACAUUUCUGUUGUGUCUUGCACAUAAAAAAAAAAAUGGAUCUUAAAGAUCCAUAUUAUAACCCCAUUUUAAAAUAUUUCAAUAAAUAUGUAUAUGGUGGUCAUUGAAACAAAAUAGCAUAUUGUGCUAAUAAUGCUCAAAUAUUAGUACCCAAUCGUGUUACAUUGUCCAAAACUUAGAUAAGUAUUGAAUAAAAUUAUUUAUUAUAAACAUUUGAUAAAUCGGUUGCAGCUGUUCAAUGACGGAUCAAUAUCCCCAACGAGCUUAUGAAUACGGCAUCAACUAAUUUUACAACGAAUGCAAGUGUGUGUAUAUGUAUGGAUAUAAAGUGUAAAUGUGAUAUUGUAAUGUCUAUAGAUAGAUGGAAAUUGUUAGAUAUUUCACUUUCUUUAAAGUGUACAGGUUCCCAUCUAACACGAUGAUUCCUUAAUCUAGACGUUUCAAUAUUAACUGGUUUUGUGUCAUUUGCAUAGGUUGAUGAAUGCCGAAUGGGUACGCUAGCAAAAUAGACAAAGCUAGACAAUUUUUAUAUUACAAAAUAAAUUUUACUCCAGCCUAAUAUUUAUAAUGUGCUAUAUAUAGGCAUCGAUUACCAGAAUAGCUAUCACAUGAACACAUACACAUACUUGUACACAUAAUGUUAGCCGUUAGUCCCUUUAAGAGUAGGUGUAGGAAAUUUUGUUUGUGAUUUUCUAUUGUUUUAUCAUUAUGGUAAUGAAUAUUAUUUAUCAUUAAUAAAUGAUAGUAGAAGUAAAACAAAGAACUGAAAUAAACAAAAUUUUACUUACAUUAAUAAUAAUAUUAAAAAAUUUAAAAUAAACGCGUUGUUUUAAAUAAAUAAUUAAAAUAUUAUGAACAAGUGCUGAUGCAUAUGUAUUUAAAUAAUACUACUGGUCUAACGACUAUUUCAUAUAAUAUAAUUAUAUUACAAACAAGGGGCUGGUGGAUUGGUGUAUUCAAUUUAUCUUAAAUAGGAUGGGAUAUAUUAUUAUGAUCUGAAAAUAUUUAAAAAAUAAAAAUGUAAAAAAAAAGUGUAUAAAAAUUAUUAUUUAUGAAAAUAUUCUUGUAGCCUAAUAUUCUGCGAUACAUUUUAAACUGUAAUAGAAUAAUAAAUUUAAAUAGAUACGGAUAGACUGACCAAUGUUGAUAUACCGUUUACAAAUUAUAAGUGAAAUCACAGAUAAAAAUUCUUAUUAUUUUAUGAAUGGUUGGAAAUGUGGACCAUAAAAUCAUCAUCAUUUGGUUUUUAAUAUUUUUAUAACUCAUAAGUCGUGAAAAUUGCAAAAAAAUACAAAUGCCUCAACUCUUUUCAUAUUGAAUUUGUACAUAAAGUCAUAUUAUUAAAGUUUUAAUACUUUAUAUUUAUUAAUAUUGGCUUGAUAUUUAAUAUUUUUUAGUAUCUUAAGGUAAACUGGAGUAAGUGAUUCGAUUGAUACUUUACUAUUAAAUAAAAAUGUAGUUUGAGCUUCAUUGAUUGUAUUGUUUUAUUACAUAGUCAAUAUAUAGUUGAAAUUUCUUUUUGA